GUUUUUUACAUUUUUGCUCAGACCCCACUUUCCUCAUCUUCUUCCUCUCUCUCAAGCUCCGAGCAUCAUAGCUCUCUCUUCUCUCAGGACUUUCUGGAGUCCAGCUUUAGAGAUCAAUGGCGAAUAACAACAAUAACGCUGCGGAGGUCAAACCAGAGCCAGCAAAAAAAGAAGUUGAAAAAUGCACCCAGCCUUCUCUCACUUACAAGACAUGGGUCUUGAAGGUCUCUGUCCACUGUGAAGGCUGCAAAAGAAAAGUCAAGAGAGUCCUGCGCAGCAUAGAAGGCGUUUACACGACGGACAUCGAUCUGAAGCAGCAGAAGGUGACGGUGAUCGGCAACGUCGACGCGGAGACUCUGAUAAAAAAGCUGGUGAAGACAGGGAAGCACGCGGAGCUGUGGCCCGUAAAAGCUGACAAGAAGAAGAGCAAGUCCAAGAAGAAGGACAAGCAGCACAGUGACUCCGAGGCCUGCGAAGAGCCCGACAACCAGAAGAGCGUGAAGAUCGUCGACGAGACCGCGGACGAGGAGAGCUCCGACGAGAACUGCGGAGGAGCGAAGGGGAGCGCUGUGACCGGGCCGGAGGGGACGGGGGUGGUCUUUGAAGGCGAGGGUGGCGCAGGCGCAACCGCCGGCGGUGGUAGGGGUCCCGGCGGUAAAAAGAAGAAGAAAAAGAAGAAAAAAGGGAAUAACGCUAGCAAUAACGUUAACGGCAACAUUAACGCGGACGGUAAGCAGCAGCAGCAGCAUCAGCCACCUUGUGAUGAGCCCGUAGGCAGCGGAAUGCCACCUCCGUGGGCCGACCUCCAGGGCCCAGGUCCUGGUCCUGGUCAUGGUCAUGGUCAAGGUCAAGGUCAUGGCCCAAGCGCAUUUUUCGUUCCGGCCAAUCACAGCCCGCCGCGUCAAUACCCAGUGCACCAGUUUCCCCAUACCCCACAGUACUAUGCGCCCCCGGCCUAUGCAGUCAGCUACCAUGCGGCUCAUCCCACCACCACAUACACCACAUCGUACUACGGCCCUAAGCCGGUAUCGUAUUCCAACUACUAUGAUUCGCCAUAUUCGGGCAUGGAAGGCGGGCACCCUCCACCGUCCGAUGUCGAGACAUACUCGCCGCAUUCCUCGCAUACGUUUGAGCUGUUCAGUGAUGAGAACCCGAAUGCUUGCUCGAUCGUUUGAGUAUGUCGCUGCAUCGAACGUAUACACUAGCAUUGUUCAGUGAUGAAGACUGAAUUGCUUGCUUGGUUACGCGAGAGAUUUUGGAGGAAGAUGUCUGCAUUUGACUGAGGAUGCAAACUAAUGGAGCUAAUGAGUGGGGUGUUGUAGUUUGUUAGGGCUGAGUUGUAUGAUCAUAACUAGUCUAAUCUAUUGUAUGUAAAUAUGUCAUGUGAAAGGGCGAAACGUGGGAAGCGGACUCGUCUUUGGUUUAGCAUAACUUUUUUGGUAAAUUACAGUUCGAAGCCGAUGAAAUUAAGCGGGUAUGAACAGGGAACAACCCGGGCAAUAUCGCCAAGCAAUAGCGGAAGGAGCUUGUUCAGAAUAUAUUCGAGCACCAUGCACUCCUAAGGGGCAAAUUUAUCGUAGAAGUUAGAUCCUCUUGCCGAGGGAUCCAUGACCCGAGCGUAUAGUAGUUUUUUUUCUUUUGGUUGCUUAGAAGAAUAUUUAAGAUAAUUAGUUUAUUAGCUAAACUUUGAUUCGGGUACAUUAACUGUUUCAUGUACUGCUUGUACGGACAUAUUCCUUUUGGCAAAGAUAUGAUAUGAUUACGAUGA